GCACCGGUUCCUCCCGGAGGGGGGUUCGCCGUCUCUCGGCCCGGCAGCGUCGCCGACGCCUUCGGCGGGAGGCGAUAGCCAGCUGGUAGUCUACUACCGUGGGUGGGGUUGCCUAGAUGUGGAGGGGAGAACGGCCUUCUUCAGGUGCGUUGCGUGUUGCACGCUUCGGAUCCCGCUUCCUCUGCGGCACGAAAGGCACGGGGCUGAUCAGGUUUGGGAUGAUGAUAACAGCGGUCCUUCUCCCGAGGCGAGCCGGUUCUUCUGGGAGGAUAUUAGGGAACCCAUCAUGCGGAGUCUGCAGGACGUAUUGCUAGUCUUCGAUUGUACUGCUCUUCCGGGGAUUCCAGACGAGCGGCGCGGGAUCAGGGUGGAGGUGGGCAUGGCGCCAUGCUCGGCCUCGAAAAAAACAGUUGCUCGGGGCUUGUGCUCCGGCGAAAUAUCGUGGAGAAAUAAUGGAAAGGACGGAACCACGGGACGAUAUGGCAAACUCGCUGUGUAUGGCGUGGGCGAUGUGCAGACGUCGUCAGUGCACAGAGUGUGCUCGCUCAUCAAGGAGGACCUGCAAACCACGCAGCUUGUGUCGACAGUGUUCUCCAGUCAGCUGGGAGGCGGACAUCUGCUCGACAUAUACCUGCCGAGGCUCGCUCCUCCGUUGACGACGGGUCGGCAAAGUCUAAAUUAGGUCCAAGCCAGCUAUCCGC